ACCUGGUCUGGUUAAUGACAUGGUGAUUCUUUCAGCCAGACCCAAGGAAAGAAAACUGAUGGAAGGCAUCAGGAGCAACUUGUAUAAGGGCGUCAGUUCAGCUCUGCCUGAACUUUCCACACUCAGGGUGGAUGAAGUCUACCAUGAUGUUCCAAGUGAUGUGGCUCCACUGAUAACAACUAUGGCUAUGGACAUUAAUGUUCCUCUGGUUGACUCUGCAUUUGGAAAAGUGCAAGAAGGAAGUGUGUUAUCCUAUCAUAUGCCAGCAAAAAGAGUUCCAAAAACCUGUCCCCACACAGAUGCUCCUUCUCCCCCACAGCUGCCACUUCAGGGUUACAGGCUGGGACCCUCUACCUGCUCUUUUGUCUGCACUGAACAUCAGCAGCACCACAUGAUGUCCCUGGCAACAACAUUAGAGAUUGCACACAAAAUUGCCAACAGUACAAAAGAGCAGAGUUCCUGCAUUGAGUGGCACCAACUAAGGCGGCCCCGCAUCACCACCUCCAAGUUCAGAGAGGUCUGUCACACCAGGGCACAGAGCUCUGCUGAAAAUCUGGCCAAAAGACUUCUGAGACCUAGCCAUCAGACUGCAGACAUGAGGAGGGGGCUUGACAUGGAACCUGCUGCAGUAGAGGAGUACUGCAGAGUAAGGGAGGUUAACCACUAUCCCUGUGGCUUCCUUAUCCACCCUGGAUGGGGUCAUCACCUGAUGGCAUUGUGUACGAUCCAAAGGGGCAGACAGUGUUUGGCCUUGUUGAAAUUAAAUGCCCCAAUGUAGCAAGCUAUGUUGACUGCCCAUAUAUUAAGAUCAGUGAGGGCACACACACAUUAAGAAAAUCUCAUUCCUACUUUUGGCAGAUCCAGGGCCAGAUGUUGAUUUCUGGUUUGGACUGGUGUGACUUUGUUGUCUACACACAGGAAGACAUGUUUAUUCAGAGGAUUCCCAGAGGCAAUGAAAUCACCAAAACAAUGAAAGUAAAAAUUGAUUAUUUCUUUUUUUAUUGUUACCGCUAUGCUUCCCUAAAUAAUUAGAUUCUGAUAGCCUGUCACGCUUCUUUACAGAAUGCUGUUAAUUUCUCUUUUCUCUAUUUCUCUUAAUGGCAGUUCUAAUCUAGCAGUUCUUAUCAG